GCUGGUGGACUGGGAACAAGCUCAGGUGCUCCGAAGGUGAGGCGGUUGGCAUGGCACCCCGACCGUCCUCAGGAGAAUUAUGGGGUCUCCAUCUGAUGCCCCCGCGCAUCCUGGUGGACUGCUGUCUCCCCAACGGGAUGAUGGUGAGUCUGGAGUGUCUUCGAGAAACUCCUCUCAUCAACAUCAAGCAGCAGCUCUUCACAGAGGCCAGGAAGUAUCCCCUCUACCAUCUUCUCCAGGAGGAGUCCAGCUACAUCUUUGUGGGCGUGACCCAGGAAGCAGAGAGGGAAGAAUUUUACGAUGAGACCAGGAGGCUGUGUGACCUUCGCCUGUUUCACCCCAUCCUGAAAGUGAUUGAGCCGCUGGGAAAUCGCGAGGAGAAGAUCCUAAACCGAGAGAUUGGAUUCGCCAUCGGGAUGCCAGUCUGCGAGUUUGAAAUGAUGAAGGACCCGGAAGUUCAGGACUUCCGUCGAGCCAUACUGGGUGUUUGCAGGGAGGCCAUGGAAGAGCGUGAGGGAGGUGGCGCCCACAGCCAAGCACUCUAUGUUUACCCCCCAAAUGUAGAGUCCAGCCCCCAACUGCCACAGCACAUCUACAGCAAGCUGGACAAAGGAAGACUGAUUGUAACCAUCUGGGUGAUCGUGUCACCGACAAACUCCAAACAGAAAUACACGCUCAAGGUGAGCCAUGACAGCCUUCCCGAACAGCUGAUAGCAGAGUCCAUCAGGAAGAAAAGCAGAUCCAUGCACCUUUCCCCUCAGCAGCUCCGCCUCUGUGUUCAGGAGUACCAGGGCCAGUACAUCCUCAAGGUACGCACGGACGUCAACGCUCAGCACGCUGGCCUGUGUUACGCACACGAUCCAUCUCCUCAGGUGUGUGGCUGUGACGAGUACCUGUUGGAAAAGUAUCCGCUCAGUCAGUACAAGUAUAUCCGCUCCUGUAUCAUCGUGGGUCGUCUUCCUCACCUCAUGCUGGUCUCCAAGGAUAGUCUUUACUGUCAACUUCCCGCUUCCAGCUUCGUCACACCUUCCUACAGUCGCCGGACUCCCCAGCCAUCUCCCUGUCCCGGAGGGUCCGAUGGCUCUCCGCCACGCUCGCUGUGGGCCUUCAACACCCGGCUGAGGGUCCGACUGCUCUGCGCCACCUAUGUCAACGUCAACAUCCGAGAUAUCGAUAAGAUCUACGUACGAACGGGGAUUUAUCACGGAGGAGAGCCGCUGUGCGACAACGUCAUCACGCAAAGGGUCCCGUGCUCCAACCCGAGGUGGAACGAAUGGCUGACCUACGACAUCUACCUGGCUGACCUGCCCCGCUCCGCCCGACUUUGCCUGUCUAUCUGCUCAGUGAAGGGAAGGAAAGGGGCUAAGGAGGAACACUGUCCUCUGGCCUGGGGAAACGUCAAUCUUUUCGACUAUAAGGACAUUCUGGUUUCAGGAAAAGUGGCACUGGGUUUAUGGCCCGUUCCCCACGGCUUAGAGGACUUGCUGAACCCGAUCGGGGUCGCCGGCUCCAAUCCCAACAAGGAAUCUCCCUGUGUUGAACUUGAGUUCUCCUGGUUCAACCAGCCGGUUGUCUUUCCAGACGAGCAGCAAAUUGAAGAACAUGCCAACUGGACCAUCAGCAGGGAGCUGGGCUUCAACUACACACAUGGCCUGAACAGUCGCCUGGCGUGCGACAGCAGCGUCUCGGCAAGCGACGCUGAGCAGCUUCGAUCUCUCUGCUCCAAAGAUCCUCUCUACGAACUCUCGGAACAAGAGAAGGACUUCCUGUGGAGACAUAGACAUUACUGUGUCAAUAUCCCUGAGUCUCUACCUAAGCUGCUUCUUUCUGUCAAAUGGAAUUCCAGAGAUGAAGUAUCUCAGAUGUACUGCCUUUUGAAGGAAUGGCCUCUGAUGGAAUCUGAGUCGGCUCUGGAGUUGCUGGACUGUAACUUUCCUGAUCCGAUGGUGAGAGAGUUUGCACUACGCUGCCUGGUGCAGAGCCUGACGGACGACAAGCUGUCCCAGUACCUACUGCAGCUCGUUCAGGUGUUGAAAUACGAAAUGUACCUGGACAACCCCCUGGCUCGUUUUCUUAUCAAGAAAGCCCUGAUCAAUCAGAGGAUUGGACACUUCUUCUUCUGGCAUCUCAAAUCCGAGAUGCACAACAAAACGGUGUCGCGCCGCUUUGGCCUGCUGCUGGAGGCCUUCUGCAGAGCGUGUGGCAUGUACCUCAAACAUCUGAACCGACAGGUGGAGGCCAUGGACAAACUGGUGAACCUCACAGAUACCCUGAAGCAGGAAAAGAAGGACGAGACACAGAAAACUCAGAUGAAGUUCCUGGUUGAGCACAUGUCCCGUCCAGAUUACAUGGAAGCUCUGCAAGGAUUCGUUUCUCCUUUGAACCCCGUGCACCAGCUGGGACACCUCAGAUUGGAGGAGUGCAGGAUAAUGUCGUCCGCGAAACGUCCCCUGUGGUUGAAUUGGGAGAAUCCUGACAUCAUGUCGGAGCUGCUCUUCACCAACAACGAGAUCAUCUUCAAGAAUGGCGACGAUCUACGGCAGGACAUGCUGACACUACAAAUUAUCAAAAUUAUGGAGAAUAUCUGGCAGAACCAAGGCUUGGACCUGCGCAUGCUCCCCUACGGAUGCUUGUCCAUCGGCGACUGUGUUGGACUCAUCGAGGUGGUGAAGAGCAGUUUCACCAUCAUGCAGAUUCAGUGCAAAGGAGGCCUAAAGGGGGCGCUGCAGUUUAACUCCAACACUUUACACCACUGGAUUAAAGACAAGAACCGUGGAGAGGCGUAUGACCGUGCCAUCGACUUGUUCACCAGAUCAUGUGCCGGCUACUGCGUGGCCACGUUCAUCCUGGGAAUCGGCGACCGCCACAAUUCCAACAUCAUGGUGAAGGAGAAUGGGCAGCUCUUCCACAUCGAUUUUGGUCACUUCCUGGACCACAAGAAAAAGAAGUUCGGCUACAAGCGGGAGCGCGUCCCUUUUGUCCUCACGCAGGACUUCCUGAUAGUCAUCAGCAAAGGAGUCCAGGAGUCGACCAAGACAAAAGAGUUUGACAGGUUCCAGGAGAUGUGCUACAAGGCCUACCUGGCCAUUCGCCAGCACGCCAGCCUCUUCAUCAACUUAUUCUCGCUGCUGCUCGGAUGCGGGAUGCCUGAACUGCAGAGCUUCGACGACAUUGCCUACCUGAGGAAAACACUGGCACUGGAGAAAAGCCAGCAGGAGGCGCUGGAGUACUUCAGCAAACAGAUGAAUGACGCUCAUCAUGGAGGCUGGAGCACCAAGAUGGAUUGGAUCUUCCACACCAUCCGACACAUGCCUAAUGAGCACUAAUUAACUAACGCACACACACUACCAGCGUUGUCACAGCAACAACGCCAAUCUCAGGGUUGCGAGUCCGAGUAUGCCAAAGGCGUCUUCCCUUUCUUCGGUGCUAAUGUUAAAGCCAGUGAGCUGCUGUUGUAGCAUCCAUUUAAAACAAACUUUAUUGACCAGCUGCUGUGAAGACACAAAAAAAAAGCAAUAAAAACUUUUGAGACAAUCAGCCCGAAGCUAAUCAGGGGGUAAGGGGAA